AUGGCUAUCGGUAUCGCUGAGUCUCCCCCAUCGAUGGGGCAAAUGGUUCACACUCUCGCGGAGUUCUCUUUCCUGCCUAGGACUGAUUACACCUCAUCGGUAACGUCUGGCAUCUACACCUCCCGUAGAUCUGGCAGGCGGUUGAAACUACCCGACACGUUGUCCAUACUCCUGGUGACUGAAAGUCGCGGUGACGCAGCCGCCAUCUCGAUAUACCGAGCAGCACCCGACCGCAUCGAUAUAUGGUAUUCGAAGCGGCGGCCAUGCACCGAGGCCGAGAAGGCCAAUGUCAUGGACUUUAUCCGAUCCGCCGUGCAGGCCACUCGCUUGUCAAAACGGGCAACAGAAGACCUCCUCCGCAUUGCGCUGGGAAUGUGCAAGUGCAAGGUCUUUGCACGCAUCCACAAAGCGCGCUGUCUUCUGCUAAACUUGUGCCUAGACGGCAGUUACGGGAUCAUUCCGGGGACCUCUCCUGCGGACCGUGGUUUCCGGGAUGCGGCAAAGAGGGAAUUGUGUCGGAUCCUCGGGGAAGCUAGAUUCCCACCCGAGAUAUCUCUGGAGGGCUUUCUCACCAGGUGGUUUCAAGAAAUAAUUCAGGUGAUGCGGGGAGGUGCUUCGUUCGAGAUUGCAGCGAACGUGGAGUUUUAUUUCGAGACGGUGAUCAGGUGCCAUGGCCUACUCCAGAUCCGUGGAAUCGCUACGGUGAUUGAGGCCUCUCUACUUGAGAGGCUGAGGAAGAUAGCGGAGUAUUAUGCUGCCGUGUGCAUUGUCCACAGGGGGGUUCAGGGCCUCACUCCGGCUGGGAAGGCAUAUCUCGUUCGCAACAUCAGAGAGGUAUGACUUCCUGAAUGCCCUCUCAUCCAUCCCCCCACCCUGCAUCCCGCUUUUCUAACAGAUGCAGAUACCCCCAUCAACCCCGACCACUUACCUGUCCCCCACCGACUCACUCACCUGCCUAAACCACUGGGCCCGCCGCCGUGACCUAGCCCUUUCCUUCCCCUCCUCCACCGCUCUCGUCAAUCAAAAACGGGUAGCCGAAUGUACCCAUCCCGAAGCCACCCUGAUCGCCGAAAUUAUUUCCGUACAUAAAUCCUCUCCCGCCGUGUUGCGUGAGAUCGGCGCUAGCAAAACAUCCUGCUGGAUAUGCCAGGAAUUCUCGGCUGUGGCGUGCGGCCUGUAUCCGGGUAUUUGGAUCAGGAUGUCGGGGGAAAGCGUGGGGAUUGCGGAGUCUUGGAAAUUCCCGGUUGAUACGCCGGUUGAGCUUGUGCUUCCGCUGACGGGGAAGAUAGAGAGGGCCAUGGAUAAGGUGCUUGAGAGGGCUGGGGGAGUGAAUGGAGUGAAGAGGGGGGUUAAGAGGAAGGUUGGGGAAUUGGAUGGAUAG